AUCGUGACGUCACUCCCCACCGCGGCCAUUUCUGAAGCGUUGAGGCGGAGGAGAGCUCUUCCUUUGUGUCUUCUGAAGCCCGGCAGCCGACGAGGAAGCAGCUGACGUCCGGCUCUUAAGCUUUUUUCAUUCACAGUCGUCCAGUUCCACGAUAACCGCAGGCAUGGACCGAGAUUACGGACAUGGAUCUUAUGGUCGCGGUAUGGAUAGCUUUGCAAAUGACAAUUCUACUGAGAGGUAUGGGCCUUAUGAGUCUUUUGACUCGAGGUCUGCUGUGGGUGGGCGAGAUCUGUACAGAUCUGGCUAUGGUUAUAAUGAAUCCGAACAAGGCUACGGAGAUAGUUAUGAUGGUCGAUAUGAGAACACAUACCGGAGUAGCGUUGACUCUUAUGACGGUAGAAACCAGGGCGGGUCUAGCUGGGAUCCGUCUUUCACACGAGCAAAAGUGAGGACUGGGUUUAUGGAGGACAGAGGAAGAGACACUUACUCUUCCUACGGCGCUUUUUCUUCGCCCUAUAUGAAGCCUGCAACAGUAGGCUCUCGGGGAAGAGGAAUGCCUGCUUACCCCGACGGUGGCUUUGGCGGCAGAAGCAAUGAUGCUUUUGGAGGACCAGCAGCAGGCAGAGGCCGUGGCAGAGGAGGACAACUUGGCCGUGGCAUGCGCAGACCUGGAAUGUUUGACUAUAAGCAGCAGUCUAUGCCAGGUGGCAUGGCACGAGGGAUCAAGAGGAAGAUGGGCCAGCCUUUCAAGUCACCCAUAGGUUUUGGCAAAAAACAAAAGUUGAACAAACCUGGUGGAAACCAAAAUGUAAAAAGUACCCCAGCACCAGAGCCAGUCGAUCCAGAAGAGGAAGAGAAGCGCCGCACAGAGGCUAGAAGAGAGAAGCAGAGGCGCAGAAGAGAAAAGAACAGUGAGAAAUACGGAGAUGGAAUGGCCUUUACAUGCUCCUUCUGCAAGUUCAGAUCUUUUGAUGAAAAGGGUAUUGAAGAACACUUGGAGAGUCCAGCUCAUCAGGAAAUGUUGGAUCAUAUUCAAAAGCAAACAAAAUUUGACAAACCAGUCAUGGAGUUCCUGCAUGAAUGUAUAGUAAACAAGUUCAAGAAAACUGCUGCGCGCAAAACACAAUCUGUCCAGAAUGAAGCUGCAAAAGUCCCAGAUAAGGAUAUCAUGGAAGGAGUUACUCCAGAUGAUCAUAUGACAAAAGUUGAAACUGUGCAUUGCAGUGCCUGUAGUGUGUAUGUCCCUGCGCUGCACAGCUCUGUUCAGCUGCACCUCAAGUCUACCGACCACUCAAAGAGUAGACUGGCCUAUAAAGAUCAAAUUAAACGUGAAAGCAUUUUGACAGCUACAAGCAUCUUAAAUAAUCCCCUUGUAAAGGCGAGAUAUGAACUGUAUCUGAAGGGUGAAAAUCCAUUUGAAAUUCAGCCUGAAGAAACCACAGCUGACUCUGUUACUGAAGAUGCAGCUGAAGUUCCCCCUGCAGAAGAUGGUGGCGAUGCCGUUGUAGCCCCCGUCUCAGAAGAUUUUACAUCAGACUGUCUUACCUCUACUGAAGGAAACUAAUUAUGAUACUUGAAGGCAAAUUCAUCCCUCCUUUUUUUUGUACUUUUUUUUUUUAAACUGUUCCAUCCUAUUUUAAACCCUGGCUUUGUGGGAUAUGGAAUUAAUGUUUGAUGCUUUGCAAAGUUAUAUAUAUAAAAAAACAUUUCCUUUAAAAUGUUACAUCUUCAUACAAUGAGUUUGAUUUCUCUUGCAUUUUUUUUUUUUAACAGAAACUUAUGUUUGUUGGUCAGGACCCAUCCUGAUGUUUAACAUGCCAGUUUUAUUUUCAGUCUUCUAUUCUAGAUUGUAAAAUUUUUAUUCUGAAAAUGCUGUGAAGUCUUGGAGUGUAUUUGUACAAUGUUGGACAGUUAAUGUGGUUUGUGACACAAAUUGUGGCAUUGUAAAAAAAAUUAUUUUCCCCCCCUGUUUUUGCUACUUAGAUCUUUGUCUGAUAACGAAAUAAAUCUCAAACUGUUCCCCAUCUUAACAUUAAUUCUAAAACUAGCAUUUUCUGGGUCCCCUAGUUUGUCUUGUAACCCAUUUUUACUUUUGGGACAAGAACAUGCAGGCUUGAAAUUGAAAGGCUUCUAUGUAAAUAAAUUUUCAUUAUCGUAUAAUGGGAUUAUACAGCUUGCUGAUA